AGAGCCGGAAGCGGGAGGGGAGAGUGAAACAGGAAAAGAAGGGAAGAAGGAAGAAGAGGGAAGAAGAGAGGGAGGAGGAGGGAGGUGGCGGCGCCGUGGCGGAGGAGCAGGAGCAGGAGGGGGAUGGAGAGAAGGCUCCUGGGUGGCAUGGCGCUCCUGCUCCUCCAGGCGCUGCCCAGCCCCCUGUCAGUCAGGGCUGAACCCCCGCAGGAUAAGGAAGCCUGUGUGGGUACCAACAAUCAAAGCUACAUCUGUGACACAGGACACUGCUGUGGACAGUCUCAGUGCUGCAACUACUACUAUGAACUCUGGUGGUUCUGGCUGGUGUGGACCAUCAUCAUCAUCCUGAGCUGCUGCUGUGUCUGCCACCACCGCCGAGCCAAGCACCGCCUUCAGGCCCAGCAGCGGCAACAUGAAAUCAACCUGAUUGCCUACCGGGAAGCCCACAAUUACUCAGCGCUGCCAUUUUAUUUCAGGUUUUUGCCAAACUAUUUACUACCUCCUUAUGAGGAAGUGGUGAACCGACCUCCAACUCCUCCCCCGCCGUACAGUGCCUUCCAGCUACAGCAGCAGCAGCAGCUGCCUCCUCAGUGUGGCCCUGCAGGUGGCAGCCCUCCGGGUGCUGAUCCUWCCAGGGGCUCCCAGGGGGCACAGAGCAGUCCCUUGUCUGUGCCCAGCAGAAGCAGCACAAGACCCCCA